AUGUGUCCUGAGAACUACACUUCUUCUCUUUACCUUUACGUUAUGAAUCACACUUCUAACUCAAGAGCGGUUGACAGAUGGAGUAUAAGUAAAGAAGAAAGACUUUACUCUCCAUCUAUUGAAGAUGGAAUGAGCCUCGAGGAAGAGUUUGCAUGGAGAAUGCGUGGUGUGUGUUUUAUUCAAAUAGCAGGAAGUCGACUAGAACUGCCUUUACCUGUCGUUGGGACUGCGUCUACAUUAUUCCACAGGUUUUAUACUGUCGCUUCACUCUAUGAAUUUCCAUAUGAUAAAAUUGCCGCUACUUGUCUGUUUGUUGCUUGUAAGAGCGAAGAGACAGCAAGAAGAGCGUUUGAUAUAGCAAAAAUAUGGUCAUUUGGAAGUGAAGAAGAUAUUUAUGAAGAAGAUAUCAACGAAUUUGCUGACGAAAUAUUGAAUUAUGAGUUGAUCGUAGUAGACCUUACACGCUUUGAUCUAGACAUUGAUCAUCCCUACUACUAUCUUUAUGAUAUUUGUGAACAAAUACAAGUACCUGAAGAAGUGAUUAAUACAUGUGUUGCUAUGAUGAAUGAUAGUUAUCGAUUACCAUUCAUUCAGUGGUAUGGCAACAGGUUGAUGGCAGUAGUACUGUUGAUGAUGUCUUUUUGUGGUUGUGAAGUAGAAUAUGAAAUUGAUCCUGAUUCUGAGCUGGCUCAUUAUAUGGAAGAGCACUCACAAGUUAUUCCAGGUAUAAGGAAUGAUUCUUAUUCAAGAUGGUUACUGACUGCUUUCAAUACAAUAGAGAUUGUUGGUUCCGUCAUGGACAUGUAUAAACUAUUCUCCACCAUAUAUGCGUCUCCAACUGGUUCGCCUACAUUACCUUAA